AUACGCUCGCACACACUUGUUACUAAUCAAUUCUGUUGUGGCAAGUGGCAACCUCCUCUAGUCCUCUCAAAUCAAAAUUACAUCUUCAAGGUGCCCAUUGUUCAACUAUUAAACACCAGAGUUUCUUUUUCCUUUUAGUGCAAUGGCACCAAGCAACAAAGUAACAAUCCUUAGUUUCUUCUGGAUGCUUUUAUAUAGCAAUGCUAUCGACACCAAUAUCAAUUGCCUCAAAGCGUUCAAAGACUCUAUGGAAGAUCCAAAUAACUUCUUAUCUUCAUGGAAUUUCAGCAACGCUGCGGAAGGAUACAUGUGUACCUUUAUUGGCAUCGAAUGUUGGCACCCCAAUGAGAACAGGGUUCUAAACAUUCGUCUUCCCAAUCUAGGACUUAAAGGCAUGUUACCCAUUGAACUUGCAGAAUGUACCUCUAUGACAGGAUUAGAUCUUUCAGGAAAUCUUUUAUACGGAACUCUUCCAACCAACAUAUCGAAAAUCCUACCUUUUGUAACGUACCUUGAUUUAUCCGCAAACAAUUUCUCAGGACAAAUUCCACAGAACCUUGCAAACUGUUCAUACCUCAAUGUCCUCAAAUUAGAUAACAAUCAUUUUUCGGGUCAGAUUCCUGUUGGACUAGGGAGGCUUACUCGUAUUCGUGAGUUUAGUGUUGCAAACAAUAGUUUGUCUGGGCAAGUUCCGGUUUUUCAAAAUGGCAAUAUUUCGGCAGGGAGUUACGUAGGUAAUCCUGGAUUAUGCGGAGGCCCGUUGCCGCCAUGUCAUCAAGGACCAAGUAACAAAACCAAUACAUAGACCAUAAUUUGUUCUGAGACUAGUUACUAUAAAUAAAGUUUGUGUUCUAGCUUGCUUUAAAUAUGUUGGGGUUGUGUUUCUCUAUUUGUUUAUAAUGUAUGUUCUGUAUGUAUACUUGUAGAAAAACAUGAAUCUACAUUCAUAAUGUCUUCAAAGUGGUGGUCUCACAAGUUUACAACAUUUUGAUACAAGAAUAAUAUCUUGUUAAAAUAUGUCUAAUAACAUAUGCUUUUCACUCCAACAUGUUACUUAUGCUAAAACUUAAAGUUAUAUUUGAGACUUGUUUUGAGUAUU